AAAUCGCAUCGGCCACUUCCCGCCAUGUCAUCUCUUUCUCUCAAACCGCUAUCCUUUUCUACCUACACCUCCCUUAACCCAAAACGGAACCUUCAACCACACUGUAAAUCACACUACCAAACGGAACGGGGCCACCAAUUUGAUGUCGGCGACACCUUCUUCCGCAGCGAGAGCGCCACCGCCCGCGACCUCGGUGUGCUCUCCGCCGCACUCUACCGUAAAACCGCCGGCAGCCUCCGUGUCCUCGACGCCAUGUGCGGCUGUGGAAUUCGUUCCCUUCGGUACUUAGCAGAAGCCGAGGCCGAUUUCGUAGUGGCAAACGAUGCAAAUGUCGAUUACAGGGAGGUUAUUUUGGGAAAUCUAUCCUCUGUUUCAAGUAGUUCUAGAUGGGAAGUUAAUCAUUUGCCUGCGACUAGGUUACUGGCUGAGUGUUACGUGCGAAAGGACUAUUUUGACCUUAUUGAUGUGGAUUCUUUUGGGAGCGGUUCCAGUUACUUGCGAGUUGCUUUGGAUGCUGUGAAAUUGGGUGGCUUGUUGUACAUUACCUCCACUGAUGGGCUUUCUUCUGGUGGUCAUAGGCCUCAACAGUCUUUAGCUGCCUAUGGAGCAUAUGUUCAACCUUUGCCAUACUGUAAUGAGAUAGGUCUCCGGAUGCUUAUAGGCGGGGCUGUUAGAGAGGCUUCAGUGCUUGGUUAUCAUGUUGUUCCACUUUUCUCUUACUACUCAUAUCACGGGCCUGUGUUUAGAGUGUUGCUACAAGUCAAGCGUGGAAAGUCUCCUUCUAGCAGGUAUUAUAGUUUUAUCAGCUAUUGCAACCAAUGUGGAAAUUCUCAAGCAUUUUCCUGGAAUGAACUUGGUGAGAUCAGCUGCCCUUGUAGUACAAAUGUUUCACGUUCACUUAUGGUUUCAGGACCCCUCUGGACUGGGCCUCUUCACAAUGCUCGCCAUCUAACAGAAAUGAUGAGUUUGGCUGAGCGGUGGGGAUGGCUUGGUGAUGCCGAAGGAAAAAAUCUAGAAAAACUAUUGAAACUGAUGAUUGACGAGAGUGACCCCAAAUUGCCAGUGGGAUACCUCAAUGCAGACGAGAUAGCAAGUCGUGGUAAACUUAAUUUGCCUCCCCUGAGUGCGAUAAUGAACAGCCUGCAUGAGGAAGGCUAUGCUGUUAGCAGAUCACAUAUUGCCUCAAGUGCGAUUAAAACAGACUGCCCAAUGGUUGAAUGUGUUAGAAUUGUGAAGCAACUCCAACAGCCUGCCGGAAUGAGUUCAUGUCAUUAAAGUUCAUGGAUGCUGCUGUACAAUGUGUGAAGAGAAUUGUCAAUACUGUUGUGAAGGCUUUAAAUUAGUUUUUCAAAAUGAAGAACCACACAAAACGCAGUAGUUGCUAUCACAAAAACUUGCAAGCAUUUGCUUCCUAUGAAGAGCAAUACAGAAAGCUUGGAGGUUGCUAAUCCAACCACAGUUUUGGUUUAACUAGGCAGAGCUUUGCUAAAUCUUAGUUUAUAGGAUGCUUAUGCUUUUGCCGCUGGGGGCAGAGGGUUGGUGUAUAGAGAAUAUGUGGCAACACUUCUAGUUGCCAGCUGAAAUAACUUUUGUUUCUCUUGCAUGUUGUAACACAAAUUUUUGAGUACUGAAAUGUGUAAGCAUAAACUUAAUUUA